AUGAGCGUCCAGCUGCCCCCAGCUACAUACCGGCAGCGUGCCGUGCCUCAAGGCGAAUUAGAGGCUGCAUCCACAUUGAAGCUGGGCGCCGACCAGCACACUCACACCCUCUCACUAUCCGAAGCGCGACUCGUUAUCCACAAAGUGCUUGAGAAUAAGCGACGCGGGGGAAACAAGUACGAGGAGCCAGAGAAUUUAACCAAGACGCUUCUCUAUCUGGAUGUGUUUGCGCGGUUCAAGGAUGAAGAGAAUAUUAAGGCUGUGGAGCGAUUAUUGAAUUCGCAUACGGAGUUGGAGAUGUUUGAGCGGUCACAACUUGGAAGUCUGUGCUGUGACAAUGCGGAGGAAGCCAAGUCUCUUAUCCCCAGUCUCCAAAAUAAAAUCUCCGACAGUGACUUGCAAGAGUUACUUGAUGAGCUCACCAAGCUGCGUAACUUCACCGAGUAA